AUGAACAUCGGCAAGAACAUCGUCAUAGAAAUCUUUCUUGGUAUAUGCUAUCUGCUUUUUGUCGGACGAGUUAGGUCUGUCUCUUUCUGUGACGAAUUUUGCGAUUGUUAUCCUCCUGACAUACUCUGCAGCGGAGUUGACUUCACAGAAGCAUUGAAUUACACCAUUCCUGACGAAGUCGCGAACACCACAUCACUUGAAAUUUUAAUUUUUGACGAAACAUUAAGACUUGGUAACGACACGUUCCAAAGCUUCAAUGCUUUACAAAGGCUUGUCAUAGAUCAUUGCCCAGUUACCUUCGUAAGUGAAUUUGUUUUCGAAGGGCUUAAUGAGUUACGGUACAUUUCGCUGACAUUGAACUCUUUGACAAAUGUUCCUAUUAAAGCGCUAUCCCGCUUGAAGACACCUCUGGAGGAAUUACAUCUGGUACAUCAACAAAUAACGAACAUCCCAGCGAAUUCAUUUGCGCAAUUCGGCAGUCUUCGCAAAUUGACUAUCAAAUACAAUUUCCAUGAUCUAGAUAUAUCCGCUAAUGCAUUUGCCAGUCUUGCAAAUUUAACACACCUUUACUUGUCGAAUAAUGGCAUCAGACUUUUACACGACACCACUUUUAUGGGUUUACAUAAUUUACAAGAAUCAGACCUUAGUUACAAUCUACUUGUUGCAGUUCCAACUGCAAUACACGCUCUCAAGUCUCUCAAAAAGUUAGACCUGUCUCAUAAUCAGCUCUUGGACAAUCCAAGGAAUCUCUUGUUCUUGGUGGGAAUGCCAAAGCUCCAGACUCUCGAAAUGGGGUCCUGUGCCAUUUCUGAAAUUUCUUCAGAUGCUGUUGAUAACCUCAUGACAUCUAAGGAUCUAGCUGUCGCAAAUUUCGAUGGAAAUCCGUUUAAUUGUACAAAAGAUCUCUGCUCGUUUGCAAGUUGGUAUCUUAGUCUACCCGAGCCACCAAGUACAACGAGGAGUCCUUACUACAUACCUUUCAUAACCGUAAGUCCUCCCCCUGGCAAAGGACCAUAUCGGUGUAAGAGUAGUGGACAGCCCCUCCUGGAGUUCUACAGCAAUUCUUAUUGUUUGCCGGCUCCCGAUCUUACCCCGUCCAAUGUUCCUGAUCCUGCUGACGAUUCUACUCCAUGGUAUGCGAUAGUAGUUCCCGUUACUCUCAUCCCUGUUGCAUUUGUCCUUGUCAUUGUGUCCUUCGUAAUAUGGAAGUUUCGUCUGAUUAACCAAUACCACCAUCACUUUGGGAUCCACUUUCAACGCCGUGCUAAUAACGGAGCUGUGCAGAGGAAUAACUUCGAAUAUAUCUUCGAUGCCUAUGUCAGCCAUCACGAAGACGAUAAGCCAUUCGUCCAAGAUGAGAUGCUUCCUCGUCUCGAAGAUGAGAACGGCUUCGAUCUCUGCCUCUCCUUCCGCAACUUCCGUCUGGGUUCUAACCUCCUGGAGAAUGUUUCCUCGGCCCAAGAUGUCAGUCGUGCCGUCAUAUUUAUCAUCAAUGAACGCUUCAUGCAGAAUGGACAGUGUAAGCUGGAGCUUGAGAUGGCUUCGACGAGAAUGCUGGAAGAUGAGAUGGAUCAUGGAGUACAACGUCUCAUCCUGAUCCUGAUGGAAGUCCUGGAACCAGACCUGAUGAACAACACUCUGAGGAUGCUUCUCAAUCACGUGGCUUACCUUGAGUGGGAUCCUACGGUAGAAGACAGAUGUUGGGGGCAACUUAUAGCUACUCUGCGAACUAUGGUGCCGGAAGGGAAUAGUGACGACGAAAGGGGCGCCAACGACGAACAAAAUGCCGGUGACGAACCAUUAUGCAACCAAUACGAACAACAUGUUUGA